CCGAAAGUGACGAACCAAUGAAAACUCACAGAGCAAACGCAACAACAACAACUACAACAGCAACAAUGAAACCAAAAGCAAACCAAAGCAAGCUACUUUUCCUCUGUCUUCAGCUAGGGUUCGCUCUUUGCUGAUUUCAAAUUCUCAUUCCAUUUCUUUUGUUUCCUUAGCUUCCAAAAACAAAAAAAAAACCAUCACAUGCUCCACAAUAUCUCCCACUAGCUCCACCCAAAAAAAGAAAAAAGAAAAGAAAAGAAAAGAAAAGAAAAGAGAGUCUAGUGGCUUUUGAUUUGAGCUAUGUUUUUUGUUUCUUUCCGUGAAAGCUUGGGAAAAAUGUUUCAGCGGCAGCAGAGGAAUCUUCGGGGACCAUGAGGAUUAGUGAAACUCUGUCGUCUUGGCUGGUUGCAAGGACGUAAAAGGGUGAGAUCGGCAGGGAAGAUUUGGGUUCAGAGCAAGAUUGGAUCUUCUGGGAAAACCUCUAUUCUGGGGCAUGGUUUUUUGAGAGAUUCCGAGUCAGUGAUUGGGAUUCUUUUGUAGGAUUGGCUGAGUUGGAUCGGGCACUCGGUCGAGUUGCUGGAUAGGUAAGAAGAGCUUAGCUUUCACGGGGAAACAUCUGGUGCGAAACGUUUCGUGGUGUUUGUGUUUGUUGUUUUCGGCAACAGUUUCUAGUUAGGUGCUUCGAAUGUUUUCGCGAGAAUUCGUCAGGUUUAAGCUCUGAUCUCGAAAGAUUUAUGUUGUCUUGUGCUUGGAGAUGUCUCUUACUGAGAAAGCAAGUAUAACUACGCCCUAGUCAAGGAUAUUGGUGUCCCUUUGUCGGUUUUACGGUUUAUCUCUAUCCUUGCAUUUCUCAAUCUCAGUAUUCUAAACAAAUAUAUAAAAUUUGAACAUCCAGACACAGAUUUGGAAAAUGCAUAACGUUGCUUAAGGCUUCCAUUUGUGUCUCUGUUGUAGCUCUGAAGCUCUAGGAAGUGCUGAAAUUGUUAUCAAGGAAGAGAAGCUACUUGGGUUCUGUUUAGGUUUCUGUGGGUUACUUGAAAAUUCUGCGGUCAGAUUUCCAUUUGUGGCUAAGUUUGUUGUUUCGGAGCUCUACAGUGCUUGAGAUUGUCAAUAAUAAAGUGAAGCUACUCUAAAAGGUGGUUGGGAUUGUGCUUGGGGAAGAGAAGCUGAUUGGGUUUGGUUUAGUUUUUCGUGGGAAGUUGAAUUUGAGGUGAUUGGAGAUGUCAAUGUCCUGCAAGGAUGGUAAACAUGGGAUGGACAACGGCAAGUAUGUCCGGUACACACCUGAGCAGGUUGAAGCCCUCGAGAGGCUCUAUCACGAGUGCCCGAAGCCGAGUUCGAUUCGGCGCCAGCAACUUAUUCGUGAGUGUCCCAUUCUUUCCAACAUCGAGCCAAAGCAGAUCAAGGUCUGGUUCCAGAACAGAAGAUGCAGAGAGAAGCAGAGGAAAGAGGCUUCACGGCUUCAAGCUGUUAAUAGGAAACUGACGGCCAUGAACAAACUUUUGAUGGAGGAGAAUGAUAGGUUGCAGAAACAGGUCUCACAGCUGGUGUAUGAAAAUGGUUACUUCCGUCAACAUACCCAGAAUACAACACUUGCAAGCAAGGACACAAGUUGUGAAUCGGUGGUGACGAGUGGUCAACACCAUUUGACACCUCAGCAUCCGCCGAGGGAUGCUAGUCCUGCAGGGCUUUUGUCCAUUGCAGAAGAGACUUUAGCAGAGUUUCUUUCAAAGGCCACUGGAACUGCCGUGGAGUGGGUCCAAAUGCCUGGAAUGAAGCCUGGUCCGGAUUCCAUUGGAAUCGUUGCUAUUUCUCAUGGUUGCACUGGAGUGGCAGCACGAGCCUGCGGCCUAGUGGGUCUUGAACCUACAAGGGUUGCAGAAAUCCUCAAAGAUCGGCCUUCGUGGUUCCGCGAUUGCCGAGCUGUGGAUGUUUUGAAUGUGCUGCCCACCGCAAAUGGUGGAACCAUUGAGCUGCUUUACAUGCAGCUCUAUGCACCGACUACAUUAGCGCCUGCUCGUGACUUUUGGUUGUUGCGCUAUACUUCUGUUUUAGAAGACGGAAGCCUUGUGGUCUGUGAGAGGUCACUUAAAAAUACUCAAAAUGGUCCAAGCAUGCCAACUGUGCAGCAUUUUGUGAGAGCAGAAAUGCUGCCUAGUGGGUAUCUCAUACGACCUUGCGAGGGAGGUGGUUCAAUCAUACACAUCGUUGAUCAUAUGGAUUUGGAGCCAUGGAGCGUACCAGAAGUAUUACGCCCACUGUAUGAAUCAUCAACUAUGGUCGCGCAAAAGACAACUAUGGCAGCUUUGCGCCAGCUGAGGCAGAUAGCUCAUGAGGUUUCUCAGUCUAAUGUGACGGGCUGGGGCAGACGACCUGCAGCUCUUAGAGCUCUUAGCCAGAGGCUGAGCAGGGGUUUCAAUGAGGCACUUAAUGGGUUCACUGAUGAGGGGUGGUCAAUGAUGGGAAAUGAUGGCAUGGAUGAUGUUACUAUUCUUGUGAACUCAUCUCCGGACAAGCUGAUGGGUUUAAAUCUUCCCUUUGCUAAUGGAUUUCCAGCUGUCAGCAAUGCUGUCUUAUGUGCUAAAGCAUCAAUGCUAUUACAGAAUGUCCCUCCUGCAAUCCUUCUUCGGUUCCUGCGAGAGCACAGAUCAGAAUGGGCAGACAAUAAUAUUGAUGCUUAUUCAGCUGCAGCUGUUAAAAUUGGCCCCUGUAGCUUACCGGGGUCACGAGUUGGAAGUUUUGGGGGUCAAGUUAUACUUCCACUGGCUCACACUAUGGAGCAUGAAGAGUUCUUGGAAGUCAUUAAGUUGGAAGGUGUGGGCCAUGCUCCUGAAGACACAAUAAUGCCUAGAGAAAUGUUCCUAUUGCAACUAUGUAGUGGAAUGGAUGAGAAUGCUGUUGGGACUUGUGCGGAACUUAUUUUCGCUCCAAUUGAUGCUUCUUUCGCUGAUGAUGCACCUCUUCUGCCUUCUGGUUUUCGCAUCAUUCCUCUUGAUUCUGGGAAGGAGGCCUCUAGUCCAAACCGCACCCUGGACCUUGCUUCUGCUCUUGAGAUUGGGCCAGCUGGUAAUAAAGCCUCUAAUGAUUAUUCUGCUAAUGCUGGCUGUGUGAGAUCAGUGAUGACUAUAGCAUUUGAAUUUGCAUUUGAGAGCCACAUGCAAGAACAUGUAGCUUCCAUGGCUCGGCAAUAUGUCCGCAGCAUUAUAUCAUCAGUUCAGAGGGUGGCGUUAGCACUCUCUCCUUCUCAUUUGAGUUCACAUGCUGGUCUUCGGCCACCAUUGGGCACUCCUGAAGCUCAGACCCUUGCUCGAUGGAUCUGCCAGAGUUACAGGUGCUACAUGGGAGUGGAGCUACUCAAAUCUGGCAAUGAAGGGAGUGAAUCCAUUCUCAAAACCCUGUGGCAUCACUCAGAUGCAAUAAUGUGCUGUUCUUUGAAGGCAUUGCCAGUUUUCACGUUUGCAAACCAGGCAGGGCUUGACAUGCUUGAGACCACCUUGGUUGCACUGCAAGACAUAACUCUGGAGAAGAUAUUCGAUGAUCAUGGCCGAAAAACACUCUGCUCAGAGUUCCCACAGAUAAUGCAACAGGGCUUUGCUUGUCUCCAGGGUGGUAUCUGUCUCUCAAGCAUGGGUCGACCAGUCUCAUAUGAGAGAGCAGUGGCUUGGAAGGUGCUGAAUGAAGAAGAGAAUGCUCAUUGCAUCUGCUUUAUGUUUGUGAAUUGGUCGUUUGUAUGACAUCAGCACAUCUGACAGAGAUCAGAUGAAUUAUAGAACUCCAAAACCUUUAUUUGCUUGUUAGACUUUCUGCUAAAAAACCUUGUUACGGAUUAUGACUGCGUAUGUGUUACCCUGCUUUGUUGUACCCUGAAAACUGAUACAUGUUCCAUGGUAUGUUAUGCUUUAAUCAGUAAAUUGAUGUUAACAGCAUGCUCUGGUGUGGGCUGGUUUGACCACAAGGCCCUAGAAUCCAUAACCAGAAGGGAGGAGUUUUGGAAACUUUUGAGGUUGUGUUUAGGCAUUUUUGUUGUAAUCUCAUGUGAACAUUGCAAUAGGGAAUGUGUGUUUUAAGGGGGCAUCAAACACAUCCACUGAGAUCUAAAUUCGGUCCUGUUUGGAACCAGGGCCAAUGUUAAAACAGCUGAGUACCCGAGUGAAACUGACCUUUGCUUGAUUGAACAUGUCUAUGUUGCUUGUAUGUAUUUAUAAAGAUGCAGACUUUUUAGUUAUGAUC